UACUAAGUUGAUUAAUAAAAUAAUGUGUGUUGAUGAGGAUGAAUCUCUUGUUUUUGGAACGAAAUAUUAUUGGAAUUCUGUUUUUAAAAAUGAACUUGAAAAUUUUGAAAGUUUUAAAGAUGUUGGUGAAAUAUGGUUUGUGUGUUUAUUAUUACCUAGGAAUAAUGUUUUAUUCGAGUUUAGGUUCGGUAAGGGUUUAGAGAAUAAAAUAAUUGAUUGGUUAAAAAAGAAUAUACCGCCACAUUUAAAUCUUAGAAUUCUCGAUAUUGGUUGUGGGAAUGGACAUUUUUUAUGUUCUUUAAGUAGUAAAGGUUAUGAAUCAUGUACUCUUGUCGGGAUAGAUUAUUCAGAUAUUGCUAUUGAAUUGUCAAAAACUAUUUCUAAUGAACAAAAAAUAAAAGGUGUUAUUUUUGAAACAUUAGAUAUUCUGGAUUUUGAAGAUUAUUUUAAUGGAGAAUGGGAUGUUGUUUUAGAUAAGGGCACUUUUGACUCUAUAUCUUUUAAUACAGAAAUUAAUGGAGAUAUUAGAACGAGUUUAUAUCUCAUAAAUAUUAAGAAGUUAAUUAAAAAAGAAGGGUUUUUUAUUAUAACAAGUUGUAACUGGACAAAAGAAGAAUUAAUAUCUAAAUUUUCUUCUGAAGACCUUAUAUAUCAUUCGUAUAUAGGGUCUCCUAUAUUGUCUUUUGGUGGAAGUUAUGGCUCAAAAUUUUCUACAGUUAUUUUUGCACGCCAAUAA